GUGAUUCUGGGCCAGUUUCCGUCCCUUGGAGGACGUCACCUAGCAGUGAGAGAGAGCAGGAAAAAAGACAGAGGAGUAUUUAUAGAAGAAAAUGGGGGCCCUUUUUGGAGAAGGGUUUUAUUAAGGAGCGGAGUAGAGCGAGGGCAUCCCAGUUGUAUUAUUAACACUGUGCAAACGGCCUGCAGGACUGCAAGGACACACUCUGGGAGGAGAUUCUGGAGUAACUCUGUGACAAGUCUUCAUGUACUGUCACCCUUUUCUUGUGUUGCGGUGGCAGUGUGGAUGACUCUGUAGAGGACUCUGUGGAUGACUCUAAGAUGGGGUAUUUUGAAUUGACAACCCCUCUUGUUUGAAUGGGGGCUGUUGGUAUGGUCCAAGAGGCUUUUUUACUGUACAGCCAGGUUGGAUACUAGCUCAAAGAUAGGCCACCUGCAGUUUGAUACAAGAUGAAGACAUUUCUACAGAACAAGAAAGGCAGAUAUUCUUUCAGGAACCAGAACAAGCCUGCUGUUCCUCGCUAUCCAUCUAAAGAUGACUUCAUUGCGAUGCCGACAUCCAAUCAGGGCUGGCCAGAGGAGUUUGGCUUCCAGCUGGGAGGAAGUGGUCCUAGCUACAUCCUGUCUGUGGAGGAGGGGAGCAGUGCCUACCUGGCGGGGCUGCAGCCAGGUGACCAGGUGCUGGAGAUCGAGGGCCAGAAUGUGUCCUCUCUGGGAGUCCAGGCUGUCAUCUCCAUCGCUCAGACCCAGAGGAACAUCCCUCCCAGCAUCGGAGUGGUGUCUCGCAUCCAGCAGAUGGACAUCACCCCGGGUCCUGAUGGUCGUUUCGGCUUCACCAUCAUGGGAGACUGCCCCCUCCUGGUGGAGGACUGUUCGCCCUGCUCUCCGGCGGGACGGGGUGGCCUGGGUGCCGGUGACUACGUCAUGGAGGUCAACGGGAUCCCGGUGAGGCAGCACGAGAUGGCGGCGGCGCUGAUCAAGGCGUCCCAGGGGCGUACGCUGAGGCUGGGGGUGCUGUGUCUGGGGCCCAGACAGAAAGUACGCAGCAGUGGGAGUAUGGAUGGGAUACAGCCUGGAGGAGACGGGAUGAGGAAGGACCGCAAACACAAGGCCCUGGAGUUCAACAGGAAGAUUGACCAGAUUUUGGGGGAGGAGCCGGAGGUGAAGGAGAGGCUGUUUGCGGUGCUGAAGCAGUAUGCUGCGGAGAAGAAGGUUGAUUGGCUGGCCUCUGUCCUUCCAGACAUCCUCACCACUGUCGAGCAGCAGACGCUCAUUGGCAACAUCAGGAUCUUCAUCCCCAAGAAGCACCGGCAGCGGUUCGACGAGGCCGUGUCCCAGAGCCUGAUCCAGAAGAUCUGUCGCAGUAAGAGCAUCAGCGAGCCGGGCCGGCAGGGCCGUCUGAGACGUAGCCGCAGCGAGGACCACCCUGACCGCCACCACGGUUCCAAACGGGCCAGCUCAGUACCUCGGGAUCCUGGGGAGGACGGAGGGGGACAGGAGAGAGGAGAGAGCGGGUACAGGAAGUCCACGUUGGGCAAACCUGGGCAUCAAUCAGAAGCCAAUCAGAGCCUCCGUGCUCCCCCCAGGACAGUGAGGGUUUGCAGAGGGAAGAAGAGUUUUGGGUUCACCCUGAGAGGCCAUGCCCCUGUCUGCAUUGACUCUGUCAUCCCAGACAGCCCCGCUGAAGACUGUGGUCUCAAACCGGGCGACCGCAUCCUUUUCCUCAAUGGGCUGGACAUGAGAAACUGUUCCCAUGAGAAGGUGGUGUCCAUGCUGCAGGGCAGUGGGGCCAUGCCCACCCUGGUGGUGGAAGAUGGACCCUCUGGUUACUCCCACUCUGACCAGAGUGACCAGGAAGACUCUCCCACAGGCCUUGCCCCUGCUGUGGCCCCCAGGUCCCGCUCCCGCUCCCCGGUCCCCCUCUGCUCCCUGCAGUGGGUGGCUGAGAUCCUACCCCCCAGCAUCAGGGUCCAUGGUCGCACCUUUAGCCAGCAGCUGGAUCAUCUCCUGACGGUGCAGGAGAGAUACACCAUCUGCAAGUCCCUGGAGACCUUCUUCCAACAGAGGAACGUGGACACCCUGAUUGUUGAUGUGUUCCCGGUGUUGGACACUCCAGCCAAGCAGGUGAUCUGGCAGUUCAUCUACCAGCUGUUGACCUACGAGGAGCAGGAACACUGUCAGAGCAAGAUUUCACGCUUCCUUGGUUUUAAGACUGCAGCAGCAACAGAGCCAGAGCCAGGUGCAGGACAGGAGCACCAUAGGAGGAGCAGCUCAGUGCGUGUGUCAGGCACCUCCUACAGAGGCACCGUACGGGAGAGGAGCUCUGAUGACUGCAUCAUCAGAACACACCUGGGAAUGGGGAUUCAUGUGGCUGCACCAGGGAGUGGGAGUGGGACACCCGGAGAGAGACAGUGUGGAGAUGGCACCUCCUUCCCAGAAUCCCCUGACCUGAAUCACAUGUCAGGAGUGUACACGGAACUGGAGAGUGUGUACACAGGGAAGAGUGCCGUGAAGGCCAUGCAGCAGAAUCACAGUCGCUGCUCUCCACUGACCCAGCCUGACCGAGAGGAGCUGGGACAGACUGACGCCAAUGGCCAGUCUCCAGCUCGCUCCUCUCUCAGUCAAGGUAGCACAGGGAACCGUAAAUCAGGUCUGUCUCUGACAUGGAAGGAACCUCUGCCCGACCCUCUGUAUGAGUUGUACCACGGGGGAACCAUCCCCUCUCCGGGCAGCGCUGACUCCAACCCCUAUGUGAGCCUGGAGAGCCCUCCUCCAUCCCCCCAGAACUCUGAUGACCCCACCAGCCCCCUGUCCAGACGCAGGAAGCUUUUCACCUUCUCCAGACCCCCCCGGAGCAGGGACACUGACAAGUUCCUGGACGCUCUGAGCGAACAGCUGGGACACCGUGUCACUCUGGUGGAAGACUUCCUCCCUGGAGAGAAUGACUAUGAGGAGAUGAGUUUCCAGGAUGAGCAGGAGGUGAGCUACCUCCCCCGCCAGCUGAGCAGUGCCAGCAGUGAGGACAUCAGCAGCAACGAUGAGGCCACCUCCCCCACCUACUCCUCCGGGUCAGAACACAUCCCCAUCCCCCCACCCCCGCAGAGCGCCCCACCACCCCCGCCCUUGCCCUUCCACAGCCUCCCCCCUAAAGCCCCUCACCUGUCCCAGCCCCAAAGUCACCCUCCCCAGCCCCCUCACUCACAGACCUAUGAGACCCCCAUCUCAGUGUCAGAGCUCCAGAAACACAAGGUCCCCCCACCGCCCCCUCCACCACUGCCUCCCCCCUGCGACCCGCCUCCACUGCCCAAUUCCAGUCCCUGUGCUGGGGACACCAACCACAUGAGUGUGAAGAGACUGCGCUGGGAGCAGGUGGAGAACUCUGAGGGAACCAUCUGGGGACAGCUUGGAGGGGACCCCGACUAUGACAAACUGAGUGACAUGGUGAAGUAUCUCGAUCUAGAGAUGCACUUUGGUACCCAACGGAGUUCCAAGCCAGCCUUCCUGCCCGAGAGCUUUAAAAAGAAAGACGUGGUGGAGAUUCUGUCUCAUAAGAAAGCCUACAACGCCUCCAUCCUGAUCGCCCACCUGAAGCUGUCUCCAGGUGAGCUGCGCCAGGUGCUGAUGACUAUGAGCACAGACAGACUGGAGCCAGCCCACAUCAAGCAGCUGCUGCUCUACGCCCCCGAUGACCAGGAAGUCAAACAGUACCAAUGCUUCGACCAGAACUCCGCCAAGCUCAGUGACCCUGACCAGUUUGUCCUGCAGAUGCUGAUGGUCCCUGAGUAUAAGACUCGUCUGCGGAGCCUCCAUUUUAAGACAGCCCUGCAGGAGAAGACAGAGGAGAUGAAGGCUGGAUACGAAUGGAUCUACAGGGCCUCGAUAGAACUCAGGAGCAGCAAGAAACUGGCCAAGAUCCUCGAGUUUGUGCUGGCAAUGGGGAAUUACCUGAACAAUGGUCAACCCAAGACAAACAAAACCACUGGCUUUAAGAUCAACUUUCUCACUGAGCUCAGCACCACUAAAACGGUGGAUGGUAAAUCCACCUUCCUCCACAUUCUUGCCAAAUCGCUAUGCCAACACUUCCCAGAACUGUUGAACUUUGCCAGGGACCUCACAAACGUGCCACUCGCAGCCAAAGUGAAUCAGCGUAACCUGACAGCUGAGCUGGCUGACCUUCACUCCACCAUCCAGGACAUCAGGACAGCCUGUCAGAAGAUCCCAGCCACGGCCGAGGAUCACUUCGCUGCCGUCAUGAGUGGUUUCCUGGAGAACAGUCACCCAGCGGUUCAGUCUCUGGACUCUCUGCAGCUGAGAGCCAUGGACGAGUUCACUAAGGUGGCCUCGUACUUCGGAGAGGACAGCAAGGUCACCUCCACUGAGGCCUUCUUCGCCAUUUUUGCUGAGUUUACUUCCAAGUUUGAGAGAGCACUGAAUGAGACCCAGGCCACUGAGAACCCCUGCAGCCCCAGAGUGCCCUCUCCCCUGGCCUGGUAGAGACUGGAUAGCUCCUCUGCUCUCAUCAACCAAAGUGCCAAGACAACAUAAAGAAACAGUCACAACUACUGGGACACAAACAACAUGAUCUUCAACACUGGGAAUGCCGUAGGGCCAGGAGUUCUUCCUGACCAUGUGAUCUGACCAAAAGAACUCUCAU